AUGGCUUUGACUUAUGUUGAUAUGUCGUCAGUGAUUGAGGUUCAGGAACGUCUGACAAGUCAUGGAGGGGGAAUCGGUUUGUCGAGUGGAAGUCCAGCUUAUACUGGUCAUUCAACAAGUAGCGGUGGACGGUCGAGUGGCUUAACAUCAAGCCAACACGGACACGGUCCAAGCAUGCAUCAACCUGCUGAUUUUCAACCGCCAUAUUUUCCACCACCGUUUCAUCAUCCAUCAACACAUCAAAGUCCACCCCAACAGCAGCAACAAAAUCAUCAUGGUCUUGACUAUUUAAGUCCAGCAACUGAUCCCUAUGGACAAACUCCACUUACAUCAGGUCUUCAUCAUCACACAUCUUCCCUUCAUCAUCACUAUAAUCAAUUAGCCGGUCUUAGUCGACCUUCACAAGAACAGUUGGGUUUAUCAAGUCGAUCUCAUCGCGAUUCUGUUGAUUUAGUUCAAGGAUGUCAUGUUACUCAACUUUCACAUGGUUUUCCUAUGGCAUAUACGGAUAGACGUGGGAGUGAUUAUGGAACUUCGUUGAGUGGAUCUGGUUCAGUUGGUAGAUUAGGUGGGCCUGGUAGUGGACAUGACCACGAUCCAUUGUCACUUCAUCAAGCACUACAAAAUGCUGUCGAUGAUCAAGAACAAAAUCAAGUCUGCGAUGAAGCUGCUACAACGUUCAUGACUGAUUUGCCUUUGCUCAAAAAUUCUCCUCCAUUUUUCCCCGAUAUCAAAAAAGACCAAAGUGGCCUCAAUAUUGUAGGUUCGCCGGGUGACGUAUUUUGUUCGGUGCCAGGUCGAUUGAGUUUGUUGUCAAGCACCAGCAAGUACAAGGUGGUGACUGUAGCUGAAGUGCAGAGACGCUUGUCACCGCCGGAAUGUUUAAAUGCAUCACUUCUGGGAGGUGUCUUGAGAAGAGCUAAGAGUAAAAAUGGUGGUCGACUAUUACGUGAGAAAUUGGAAAAAAUUGGACUUAAUUUACCGGCGGGUAGACGAAAGGCAGCAAACGUUACACUUUUAACUUCACUUGUUGAAGGUGAAGCGAUUCAUCUGGCAAGAGAUUUCGGUUAUGUUUGUGAAACAGAAUUUCCCGCACGACAAGUUGCAGAAUAUUUAACUCGACCACACACUGACCAACCACAUGAUUCGUAUAAAAGAAAGGAAGUUUUAAUGAACACGAAGCAAGUUACAAAGGAACUAAUGGAUCUCUUAAAUCAAGACCGUUCGCCAUUGUGCAACACUCGACCACAACAUAUUCUCGAUUCGUCAAUUCAAAGACAUUUAACUCACUUUUCAUUAAUCUCUCAUGGAUUUGGUUCACCAGCAAUUGUUGCUGCUCUUACUGCAAUUCAGAAUUAUCUGAAUGAGUCAAUAAAACAUUUAGACAAGAUGUAUCCUGGAAAUGGUAACAUGGUAACCUCAUCUCUUGACAACAAAUCCAAGCUGUCAGACAGCGAUAAAAAAUGAUAAAAAUUAAAAUUGGCAAAAUUUAAUUUGGAUUCGUUUUUGUUGUGAUCUUAAUGUUACGAUAACAAAAAAAAAUUCUUGAUGACUGUUUACAUCAAUUCCAAUUAAUAUUUGCCAAUCGUUUGCUCUUUUUUGUUUGUUUUUGCUUAGAAAAAAUGGAUCUUUUCGAUAUAAAUAAUGACAAAAUGUACAAACAUAAAAAUUCGCUCUAAAUAAUUUUAUGUAAAAAAUAUCUGAAUGAGAUUAAUAAAUUGUAAAAUAAGAGAAAUUGAG